AGCAGCAGCAAGAGUAGUAGUCUUUCUCUGCUCCUUCUUCACCUUCCACACAGGCCGCUGCAGGCGCGAGGAAAGCGAUCGCCAUGGCUCAGGGAAGGAGCAGUGCGACGACACGGUGCCUCGCCCUCGGCGGCCUGCUCGCCGCGUGCCUCCUCCUCGGCGCCGCCGACGCGGCCACCCACCGGGUCGACUGGUCGUUCAACGCGGACAGCUGGUCCCGGGGCAAGAGCUUCCGCGCCGGGGACCUCCUUGAGUUCAACUACGACCCCUCCGUGCACAACGUGGUGGCCGUGGACGCCGGCGGCUACUACGGCUGCGGCUCCUCCGGCAGGGCCUACAGCUCCGGGAGCGACCGCAUCACCCUCGGCCCCGGGACCAACUACUUCAUCUGCAGCCUCAACGGGCACUGCGGGAUGGGGAUGAAGAUGGCCAUCAACGCCAGCUGAAGAAGCCCCUCACGCUGGUUGCGGAGCACCGAUACAAGUGAUGUGUGUCACUGGCGGUCCGAUCCUGCAAUAACUCAAUCGUGUGGCAGGCGCACGUCCUGUGUGGGAUACGCGCCUAUACAUGCCUCAUGUGUUAUGGAUAUGUGGAGUGGAGUCGUAGGUGAGGCAUGGUGUGUGUAUGGUUACUGGCUGUGGAAGGGCAGUGGAGGAACGUUACUCAGCUUUGUUGUCUGCUUGAAGCAAGCAAUAGCAUUUUUCUUUGUUCAUGCAUGCAA